UAGACCAUUUCAUAUUUUCAUUCAGUUCUCACACCCACCACAACAAUGCCCGACAAAGACGCCGGCACCCCCCGUGUCUUCCUCAUCCGCCACGGCGAGACCGAAUGGUCCAUGUCCGGCAAACACACCGGCAAAACCGACAUCCCUCUGACCGCCCACGGCGAAUCCCAAGUCCGCAGCACCGGCGCCAUCGCCGUCGGCAACAACAAGCUUAUCGACCCUUCCAAGCUAGGCAUGUGUUGGGUAUCUCCUCGCACGCGUGCCCAACACACCUUCUCCCUGCUCUUCGGCGACAAGCAGGAAGCUGCACUCAGAGAGCAGGGCAAAGUUCAGACUACCGAGCAACUCGGUGAAUGGGACUAUGGCGCCUACGAAGGUCUCAAGCCGGCUGAGAUCCGCGACUUGCGCAAAUCGAAAGGCUUGGAUACCGAGAGAAAGUGGGAUAUUUGGCGUGAUGGGUGUGAGGAUGGCGAGUCGCCUGAUCAGGUUGCUGCCCGCAUUGACGAGUUGAUUGUCAAGAUUAGAGAGCUGCAGGGUCCCAACAUGAACGGCGAGCAACCUUGCGAUGUUGUUCUUGUCGCUCACGGUCAUCUCACUAGAUGCUUCGCAAAGAGAUGGUUAGGUUACCCUCUGGAUAUGAACCUGAACUUGAUGAUGGAGCCCGGUGGUGUUGGUGUGUUGAGUUAUUCUCACCACAAGGUCGACGAGCCUGCUCUUCUACUCGGCAUUGGUUUCCCUGCCGAGUCUUGAGGGAUUGUGCUGAUAUUGUAGAGAUAAACUGAAUGUACAAAGCAGAGAGGCCAAAGCCAUUGCGCGAAUCGAA